AUGCCAGACUUGAUUGCAGAGAUUUCAGAUGUGAUCGAAGCGAAUCUUCCGGGUCCCGAAACGCGACUGUUGUUAUUCAGGGGAUGGCUCAUCCUCGUGGCAGUUGCGUGGUCAAGUUCUUACAUUCAGAGACAAUAUCAAAGCGGUAAUCUAUCGCGAAAAAAGAUUGGUCGAAGAGUCGGAUCAUUUUCCUCCACAGCAUGGAGUCGAUUUUGCAGUAUCAGUCUCGGGACUUGGGCUAUCCCCUUUCCCCUCCCCGUAAUCUGGUGGAAGCGAGGCUGCUGCUCUGGUGAUCUCGCCAUCGGUACUCUCCUGACUUUCAUGGGUUACAUCCCUGGAAUCAUCUACGCAUGGCACAUCAUCAACACGACAGGAGACAAACGCAAGGCUCCUCGCGAGAUGGAACAUAUGAAUAUGCAUACUGUUGACGAGAUCAAGGCUGUGAAUAAGGAUGAGGAUGGCAGGCCGAUGUAUCUCGUCUCCUGGGUGGGAUAUGGGUCUGAUCAGGAUACUUGGGAGUAUGCUGGUGAAAUCGACAGAGAUGCUUUGAGGAGGUAUCGAGCCCUCAAUGUUAAGCGACAGCGAUCCAGGUCUCGGAGUAGAAGUGAUCGGCGCAGGAGGAGUAGCACGACUAGCGGUACCUAUUGA